CCGUAAAAAGAAGACUGACAUCUGACAAACAACAUCACUCAAAAACCAACAGUAAAUUUUCAAAAUUAAUAAUAAACACAGAAACCAUGAUUGAUAUGCUCAAUGUACCAUGAAAACAAAAAAAUGUCACGUAGAGCCAACCCCUGAACCUCCCCCGCCCGAUCCGUGCCAAGUACAGAAGCGCAAACAGCUCGAAAAGGCUGGAGUGAAGAUCUGUGAAAAGCCACCCGUCCAGCAGCCGCCGCCACCACCAGAGUGUACCGCUAUCUGCAUAGAAAAGGUAAAAAACCCACCUGUUCCAAUAAAAAUCCACGACCUACCGGUUGUGUGUGAAGUUAAGCGCCAGGUGACGGGAACCGCCAGGUGUGACGACGUUGAGGCCUCAGUAGCCGCGCACCCUGACCUGCCCUGGCCCGGCUGUGCGCCCACGCCCUCCAUUCCGCCCCCACCUUCACCCGACCCCUGUGAGGAGCAAGCAAAGCGAUUCAAACUAGAGGAGUGUAGAGAAAGAAUGAAAAGAUAUCGAGAAUAAAAUGGACCCCUGCA